AUGUUCAACCUGGAUCUUCAGCCUUGUUUCUCUCCUCUUUCAAGGACCAGGAGCUCAGGAGGCGGUGAAUAUGGCUUCCCGGUGGACUGGUGGGCUUUGGGUGUCCUCGUCUACGAGAUGAUCUACGGGGAGACACCUUUCUAUUCCGAUGAUCUCGUGACAACCUAUUCGAAAAUCAUGAGCCACACAACGAGCUUCCAUUUACCCAAGGAUAUCACCAUUACUCCCUCGUGUCUGGAUUUCAUCAAAAGGCUUCUCUCUCCCGAAGAAGUACGCCUGGGUAGUGGGACUGGUGGAGCGGACGAUGUGAGGAAUCACCCUUGGUUCGCUCCCACCUGGUCCACCACUGAGUGCCUUCCUGGGCGUGUCAACGAGCCUGGGGAUGAGGCAUUUUUCGAUUGGACGUGGAAGACUCUCCGUUCCAUCACCCCAGGUCCAUUCCACCCAAUUCUCACAUCCGAAACGGACACUAGUUACUUCCACGACGAAGAGGAGACUGAGUCAUUGGAGGUGGAAUCUGGAAUCGGUACCGACAAGAAUGGAGGGGACAAUGGCAGCUAUGACGACAAAUUCGAGGGCAGUCAACUGAGCUUUGCGGGCUUCACUUUCUCUUCACCCAACUUGGCUCCUCUCUCCAGCAUCUAUUCGGAUCCAGUCCAGCCGCAGACGGAAGUUUGUGACGCUUCUUUGGUCGAUGGGCUAGAAAAGAGGGAGGUUGGAGAUGGUCGAUGUUCAACCGCAAACUCACUGCGAAUUCGUGAACUGGAAGAGUCUCUGGCCAGGUCGGAACUUCAGUUAGCGACUGCAGAGGCAAGAUUCGCUGAAAAUCUGAGGGACGCUGAGCGGCGUGUCGAGGUUGCCAGGCUAGAACUCGCCUCAGCGACAUCUCUGAUGGAGGCAGAAAUUGCAAAAUGGAAAGCUAUAGCCGAGUCUGAGCACAAGGCACGUCAAACAGCGGAGGCGCAGAAAGCAAAGGCAGCUGACCUGUUGGCGAAACGCGCCACCGACAUGGCGGACCGACUAACUGCAGGGGGAAGCAUCACACGAGCCUCCGUCGAACGACGCCAAGCUUCGUUGCCUGUUGACAUGCCACCGGAUGCCGGUGAUUUGGUCCCGCUGCCCGCAACCGGUGUUACUUCACCACACGAAACCGAUCCUUCCAGUUCGCCUGCUACAGAGCUUCUUUUGAAGCGAAUACAGGAGCUAGUGGAGCGAGCGCAACAGGCCGAUGAGCUGCUGGAGAUCGAGCGGCGUUUCUCCGAACUCUACAAGAAGGCCUGUGAAGAGAAGGAAGAUCAACUUGGGGAGAGGGACCAGCAAAUAACUAGUUUGAACGAGGCCUUGGAGGCUGCGAAGCAGUCGAUGGAGCAAUCCCAACUCGCUGCCCGCCAUGCCCUGAUGGAGGAACAGGAACGCUCCGCACAAUACCUCGAGUGUCUCAAGGCAGAGGAGAAAUCCUCUGAGGCCGCCAACCGUCGUGCACAGAUAGCCAGCAAUGAGGCAAAUGCUUUACGCGAAGAAGUGCAGAAACUUCGAGAAGGCCUCUCAAAGGCUCAAGAAGACUUCGCCACUGAAAAGCUCAAAUGUGGCGCCGCCGUUAACAAAAUCCAGCAGAUUCUGUCGGGAGAGAACGCGGACGCACUAGAGCUGAUGAUGCUCUCUGAAAUGGAGGCAACUAGGAAAAAUGCAGAAGUCGGUGGAAAUUCUUCCUCCGACUUUCUGUCCCCCGCCACUGCAUUGAAAACUAGGAACGCCAAAAAAUUCACCAGUCAGCAGCAUCUUUUCCGACAAAUGGACCGCAAAUAUAAGCAACUCGCACGCACGAUGUUCCGUGCCAGUCAGGAAUCAGCCCAGGUCGCCCGAAAUCAGGUAGUGCGUCUCUCGGAAGAGGUCUCCUCCCUACAAAACCAACUAAAUGCCGCUAAUGCUGCGCUAAUGGUUGCCACGUCGGACAAUGGCACUUCCUCCGCCAACGCAGUUCACCUCGUUCCCGCUCCUCUUGGCUCCAAAGGCCUCCGAAACCGAAUAUCUAGGAAGACCACAGUCGAAACCGGACAGCCCACCUCCGAGUUGAUUCAUGGUGCUGACUCAGCAGACGACAGAUUGCCCCCUCUGGAAAGCGCACUGUCUCCGACUCUUCUUCACCGAGUGUCCAGUCUCUCGUCCCCGCGGCGUCCCCUCCUCAUCACCUCGCCGUCCGCGGGUGGCGCACUGCCCCAAAGGCCUCCGCUGCCGGCUAAUUUUGGGUUUUCUGGUCGACUUGACGUGCCUGGAAAGCCAGGUCGCAGAAAAAAACUCGUAUGGGAUCCGCGUUUUGCUAAGCUGACCUGCAGUAGUCUGCUGCUGUGGGAUGCGGAUAAGUCGACCGAAAUCCUCCAACAAUCUUCGACGGCUGAUAGCUCCUCCCCUUCGGACGUCAACCUCCUCAGUCCAAGCACCAGCACUCUGAGUCGAAAGAUCUCGCGUCAAGGGCCCAGCCUCCUGCUGGACCUCCCCCUUAGCGCCAUCCUCCACGUUCGGAGUGUUACCUCCUGUGAUGUGCUUCACGCUCCUGCCGACGACCUACCGAGGAUCUUCCAGGUCAUCUUCGACCAAUGCGAGGUCGGUGGAGGCGUUAGACAAGCAGCGCUUCCAUCAGCACAACUUCCCGAGCCAAGGAAGUCAAGCCCUGAGUCAAGUCCCCACUGUGUUACACCGCCUCCCAAGUCAGCUCCUGCCACUGGAAUACUCGGUGUCUCCAAGACCCUGCCACGGAAGCUAAGCUUCUCCUUCUCGGGCGCCUUCUCGAUCGCCUCCAAGUCCUCCAGCCCGUUGGCAGUGGCAGCAGCCUCGCCUCUGAAGGUGCGCACCAAUUCCUCCGGACAACUACUGAGCACCGCGUGCUCCAGUGAUCCCCUGUUUCGCAACCUCCCUGUCCCGCUGACCCUCGGAACCAGCCCCAUUCCUCUGCAGGGUCACAUGCUCCAGCGCAUCCACUUCCGGGUGCCCGCGGUGUGCGAGUUGUGCAAACGCGCGUGCUGGCACGUCCUCUCGCCUCCUCCUGCCCUUCAGUGUCUGCACUGUCAGAUGAAGCUCCACUUGUCACACCUGGAGAAGCGGGACUACAUUCUGCGUCCGUGUGGCAAGUCGACGGCCAUUCUGAUCUUCAGAGCCCCCUGCGAGCAAAUCAAAAGAUCCUGGCUAAAUUACCUUCUGUCCGCCAUCGGAGGCGGUGUCGCCUCCACUGGACCUGGCAGUCCCCUCCAACUGACCAAUGUUCCCACCGCAACAACCAACUCUUACGAAUCCUCCACCACAUCCUCUAUUUCUCUUUGCUCUCCUGUCGGCCCUCCCGGGGCCACCCAUGAGAGUCGACCUCAAAGUCUAGCCGGCGCCGGUGCCUCGUCGAUUCGCUCGGCAACACUCCCCUACCCCUCCCGGGUUACCCUCUCUUCCCCCGAAACCACCAGCUCUCCUACCAAACUCACAAAGGAGGAGAAGGAGGAGGAAGAGGAGAUUUUCGUGGAGCCGCCUUCUCCUAUACGCGACGGCCCCUCGUCCCCGAAAAACGCGACUCCGCCUCCAACAGAAGACCCAGUAUCCGAAACCGAACAGCAUGCCGUUGUGGAGCUUUAAUGCACGU